AUGAGAUUGAUGUUGAAGGACAGGAGCCAUGUUCCUUGCACACAGAAGAUGAGAUUGAUGUUGAAGGACAGGAGCCAUGUUCCUUGUACACAGAAAAUGAGAAAAAUGCAUCCCACGUGGAGGUCACGACAACAGCAUUGUGAAGCAAAGGAGCCAUGUUCUUCAGAGGAAGAAAAGUCCAAGGAUGAAGAAUCCCUUAAAGUUCUGUGUUCAAGGAAGUUUGUGAUCCACUCACAGGUGGAGGCUGGAACUGUGAGCUGGGUCAGUUUGGUGCGGAGGACUUUUGGAAUGAUGGUGUUGAACGCUGAGCUGAAGUCCACCAACAGGAUCCUUGCAUAGGUCCCUGGGGAGUCGAGGUGUUGAAGGAUGUAGUGCAGUCCCAUGUUGACUGCAUGCUCCACUGACCUGUUUGCAGUCGGCAAACUGCGGGGGGUCCAACAGGGGUCCUGUGAUGUCCUUCAGGAGGGGACUUCACACAUCUCCAGUGAUCCGUGUGAAGAUGGGGGACAGCUGGUCAGCGCAGACUUUCAGACAGGAGGGUGAGACGCCGUCUGGACCUGGGGCCUUCCUGGUCUUCUGUCUCCUGAAGAGCUGGUAUGACCGCUUCAUUCGGGAUCAGAGGAGCCUUGAUGACUGCCAGAAAGUCCUGUGUGUGGCAAAGAAAGACAUGCUGGGCAUUCAUGGGAGGCUGCUUGAAAAUUUUUUAUUUAUGUUAUUUAUGUAUAUUCACACAAGGACAGUAAGGAUGUGGACUCAGGAGGCUGCAGGGGCACUGCAGGACUGCUUUGAGACAAUAGACUGGGAUGUACUCUGUGAGCCACACGGGGAGGACAUUGACGACAUGACGGACCGCAUCACAGAAUAUAUCAGGUUCUGUGAACACACCACCACACCAACCCGGACUGUUCACUGCUUCCCCAACAACAAGCCAUUGAUUACCAGUGACCUGAAAGCACUCCUCAACAAGAAGAAGAGGGCCUUCAGGUCUGGUGACAGAGAGGAGCUGAGGAGAGUGCAGCAUGAACUCAGGGAGAUGCUGAGGUGUGUAAAGACAGCUACAGGAGGAACCUGGAGGCCAAACUCCAGCAGAACAAUGUGAGGAUGUGUGGACUGGGAUGAAACAGAUCACUGGAUGUAAAGUGAAGGGCAACCAACCAUCAGGCGGUCUGGAGAGAGCCAACGAGCUGAAUGGCUUCUCUAACAGGUUUAGCUCGCAGCCUUCCAGCCCCCCACUCACCCACACUGUUUACACCCCCCCGUCUCCUCCACUAUUGACACCAGCACCCACCCCAGCAUGACUGUGACUACAGGCCAGGUCAGGAGACAGCUGGAGAGACUCCACCAACGGAAGGCUGCAGGACCUGAUGUUAUCAGCCCCAGGAUCCUGAAGACCUGUGCUAGCCAGCUGUCUCCUGUUCUCUAACAUCUCUACAACCUGAGCCUGAGUCUGGAGAGAGUCCCGGUGCUGUGAAAGACGUCCUGCCUUGUUCCUGGCCCGACACAGUCAACUCCAUCGGACUUCAAUGACU